CCCAGAUCCUUGAUAGCAAGAGAUAACGACGGGUCCGGUACCUGGUCGUGGUGAAUGUAUUUCGUAUGCUACCGAGGCAGGCUUAGUGGGGCGACGGUAGCUAUUAGUCCUCCUUCUCGUUCAAUCUUUCUUUAGUGCCAUCCUCUACGACUUCACCCUUUGGUCAUCAACACCACAACAUCUUUGGGGCACUCAAGGGAUUUGAUCACCGAUCAAACAGAUCAAGCAAACGCGAGGCAUUACCAACUGUACAUCAUGGUCGGUUGGGCUACCAGAAUCAACGAUGAGGUUGCUACCAGCGCGGUAGGACGACGCUUCCGCUUGGAUGGCUCUGGUCAUAGGAGAUCGCGACCUGGAUCGCGGUUCCUUACUGAGCUCCGCGCGGGUAUUGCUACUUUCUUUGCCAUGGCCUACAUUAUCUCGGUAUGUUCAAGUUCGAUAGGUUCUCGUCUCUAUUCAGGUUUGAGCUAUACAACAACCAUGAACGUCUGGGACAUUCCGCUUGUCUGUUCCGGGUGGUUGUUAUGACUAACUACAAUUAUUCGAAGGCUUCGGGAUGAUCGUCCGAGAUUAUGUUGAAGCUUUCUGGCAAUCAUUUGUCGCUUAUUUGACAAGAUCGAAACUAAUUCGAUCUAUAGGUCAACGCUACAAUCCUCACUGAUAGUGGUGGAACUUGUGUCUGCAAUAGCACCACUGAUCCUACCUGCGCUACUGAUGUAGAAUAUGGUUUAUGUCUUUCCACUAUUCGACGGGACUUUAUCACUGGAACCGCCGCUGUCUCUGCUCUCACCUCUUUUUGCAUGGGUCUCUUUGCGAAUAUGCCUAUUGCUCUUGCGCCUGGUAUGGGUGUGAACGCCUACUUCACAUACACUGUGGUUGGCUUCCAUGGAACUGGACCAGUUCCUUAUAGACUUGCUUUGACUGCUAUCUUCAUCGAAGGCUUCAUCUUUGUGGGCUUAUCUAUCUUUGGAAUGCGACAAUGGCUUGCCAGAGUGAUUCCUGCCUCCAUCAAGAUCUCUACUGGUGUUGGAAUUGGGCUUUACUUGAGUAAGCUUACACUACAUUGAGGUUUGGAGAUCAAUAGGCUAAUAUGAAAAUAGCUAUCAUUGGAAUGACCUACAGCGCUGGUAUCGGAGUUAUUACGGCUGGAAAAGAUACCCCCUUGGAACUUGCUGGAUGUUUGACAUCUCAGAUGGUCGAGGGCGCCUGCCCUGGAUCAGUAAAGAUGAGAAACCCUACCAUGUGGAUUGGAAUGUUUUGCGGUGGCUUCCUAACAGCAAUUUUGUUGGCCUAUCGCGUAAAGGGUGCAAUCAUCUUUGGUAUCUUGCUCGUUUCCAUCAUCUCUUGGCCACGUAACACACCUGUUACAUUCUUCCCUCAUACACCGAUUGGAGACGAUGCUUUUGACUUCUUCAAAAGAGUCGUCACUUUCCAUCCGAUCCAGGAGACACUUGCAGCUCAGGAUUGGGAUGUUUCUGGCGUCUCCGGUCAAUUUGGACUUGCUCUGAUUACCUUCCUCUAUGUCGACAUUUUGGAUUGCACUGGAACUUUGUAUUCCAUGGCACGCUUCUCUGGUGCUAUCGACGAGGAAACCCAGGAUUUUGAGGGCUCUGCUGUGGCUUAUAUUGUCGAUGGUAAGACUUUGUUCCUCACCACUUAUCAUAAUAGUUUAACUAAUAUUUGACUAGCUACCGGUAUCUCCAUUGGAUCCCUUUUUGGCCUUGCUCCUGUAACAGCAUUCAUCGAGUCUGGAGCAGGUAUUUCUGAAGGCGGAAAGACCGGAAUCACAGCAAUGGUUACGGGUAUCUGCUUCUUCAUCUCGAUUUUCUUUGCCCCAAUCUUUGCCUCUUUCCCACCUUGGGCUACAGGAUGCACACUUAUCGUCGUUGGGGCUAUGAUGGCCAAAGCAGCCAAGGACAUCAACUGGAGCUAUUGGGGGGACUCAUUACCGGCAUUCAUCACCUUAGCCGUCAUGCCGUUCACCUACUCGAUCGCUUACGGACUCAUCGCAGGUAUCUGUUCCUACAUCAUCAUCAACACCUCCGUGUGGCUCAUCGAGGUCGUCUCUGGUGGCCGAAUCGUUCCAGCGGACAAGGAAUACAAGGAACCAUGGUCUUACCAAAUCCGGGGUGGCAUUCUUCCUGCUUGGCUUGUUAGAGCUAGCAAGGGGUAACCUUUUCUCUUUCAUUUCUUCAUGUUUCCCUUUGUUGCGUAUAUGAUUUUUCUCAUACUAAAAACCCGGUGUAGCAAGAAGGAUUUCUGGCACGAAGAUUACGAUGAAGAACCCGUCGCGGUCGCUAACUCACACACGCCUUCCACUCGCACCACUCCCGAUGAGAUGUCCAAAUCGCAACCGGAAGUCGGGACGCAGGCGCAGCCUGAGGGGCCGGGGGCAAAGACGGAGAAGUUUUCUUAAGUGUAACCACCAAUUUAUUACGCUGGAUGGCGGGCCAUCACCCGGGCUGCAGAUUUGGAAGGGGGCUUGCUGGAUUAAUACGCACGUCGUUCUGGACGUGAUGAGGGUUUGUACAUUUGUAGCGGGAUAUGGCAGAUUUGAUUACAUGCUACGAUACUACGAAUUUCGGUGGUUAGGGAAGCCUAGGUAUAGCGGUUGUGGGCUUGAAUGGCCUGAGUUUAAUACUAUGAGUAAAUACAU